AUGAACGAUAUAAACGCGUUAUCAUUCCGACGCGGGACAAUAAAAGGGCAAUUAACAAAGUUCUCAAAUGCCGUCAACAAUUUUUCUAAAGACGACGACUUAAUUCAAUUAAUGGUUAAAAAAGAAAAAAUUGAAGAAGGCUGGACAGAAUUUCAAAAUAUACAGUCCACUAUCGAACAAAAGUCCAUUAACCCAGAAAAUGAAGAAUUGUACCGGGACGAAUUUGAAAAUUUAUACUACACAGCCGUAGCUGGUUAUAUAAGACUAGUAGAAAAAUACAAAAAAGUCGAAGGGCCGAGCUCGGUUCAGGUCUCAAAUGAGAUCGAAAACAAUGCAGGUCAAAGCGUUUCGAGUGCGAGAUCUAGUGUGAGCAAUCAAGCCUCCAUUGUGAAAUUGGCAGCCUUAAACGUACCAAAUUUUAGUGGCGAUUACAAACAAUGGUCGACAUUUAAUGACAUGUUUACUGCACUAAUCCAUUCAAACGAAGCACUCACAGAUAUACAAAAAUUUUUCUAUUUGAAAUCGGCGUUGUCUGGCGAUGCCGAAAAGGUUAUUCAAUCGUACGAAACCUCGGCAAAAAAUUAUAUAGUAGCGUGGAAUUGCUUAAACGAACGGUUUAAUAAUAAAAAAAUAAUCGUCCAAACGCACACUAAAGCAAUUUUCGAUUUGGAACCCGUCACCAAAGAAAAAUCAUCAAAAUUACGACAAUUUAUGGACUUAUUGUCGGGACAUAUGACAGCACUCAAAUCACUAGGUUACGACCCAAAAAAUUGGGGACCAAUGCUGUUACAUAUAAUUUCGACAAAAUUAGAUGGUGCUACAUUAAAAGAAUGGGAAACACAAGCGCCAAAAAAGGAAGUGCCCGAAGUUGACGAUCUGUUAACCUUUUUACAAAACAGAUUUCAAAUACUGGAAGCCGUAGAAGGUGCACAAAAUAUAAAUUUAGCAGACACACAAAAUAAGCAGAAAUACAACAAAGUCGAAAAAGCAAAAAAAACUAUAUCCCAUACUAGCACCAACAAAUUUAAAUGUUAUUUUUGUAAUGAAGGUCAUCCGAUCUAUCGCUACAACAAAUGUAAAUUUAAAGGAUGCAAAAAAUGUGGUAAGUUACAUAAUAACUUACUGCACGAGCAAAAUGACAUAACGCCCGUACCGCCGUCAUGCACCGUGACUACGCACGCGGCUCAGUCGGCGGACGUCCACGUAUUGUUAUCUACCGCAAUAAUACGAAUAUACGAUAAGUUUAAUAAACCUGUAUUAGCAAGAGCGUUGUUGGACUCCGGAUCGCAAUCAAAUUUUAUAACAAAAGAGUUAUCAAACAAACUCGGGCUAGCACAUAAAAGCAUUAAUUGCGAAAUAACCGGGGUAAACAAAUCAAAAAGUUAUUCCACGCACUCUGUACUAACAAAAAUACAGUCGAGGUCAGCCGAAAAUCAGUAUAUGUUAAAUUUUCUAACUGUACCAAAAAUUACAACGUUUCUACCAACCGAAAAAAUAAACACGUCAAACUGGGACAUACCACAACACAUUCAAUUUGCCGACCCGUCGUACGCUCAGCCAGGGAAGAUAGAUAUUUUGUUAGGUGCCGAAAUAUUCUAUGAUGUUUUACGCACAGGUCAGUAUAAACCUAUUAUAAAUGGUCCCAUGUUUCAAGAGACAGCAUUUGGUUGGAUAGUAGCCGGUCCCGCUAAGAGCGAAAAUAAUUGCACAGUGCAUUCUUUCUUUCUAAACGUGACGCCGGCCAGGCCGAGCUGUUUUGACCUGAACGAUAAAAUUACCAAGUUUUGGGAAUUAGAAGAAGUACCGAAAGAAAUAGUUUAUAGCUCCGAAGAAAAAAUGUGUGUAGACCAUUUUAACAAAUCAGUAAAAAGAAAUGGUGAAGGUAGAUUUGUUGUUCGAUUACCGUUACGCGAAAAUAUAAAUACCUUAGGUGCAUCGCGUUCAAUAGCUUUAAAACGUUUUUUAUCUUUAGAAAAUAGGUUUCGAUCGAAUCCCAAAUUAAAACAAAAAUACGUCGAGUUUAUGGAAGAAUACGCGAACCUCGGUCAUAUGGAAAGGGUAAACCCAGGUGAAAAAGAAGAAAAGUCGUAUUAUAUACCUCAUCACGCGGUUUUACGCGAUAGUAGCGCUACCACCAAACUACGCGUCGUAUUUGACGCGUCGUGUGCAACCGAUUCCGGAAAAAGUUUAAAUGAUUUGCUACUAAAGGGGCCAAACAUUCAAGAUGAAUUAAUAUGCAUUAUUGCACGUUUCCGAUCAUAUAAAUACGUCAUGUCGUCAGACAUAGAAAAAAUGUAUCGCCAAAUUUGGGUGUCGAACACCGAUGCAAAUCUUCAACGAAUCCUAUGGCGCUCAAAACCGGACGAGCCGAUCACCGAAUUCAAAUUAAAAACAAUUACAUACGGAACAACGCCAGCUUCCUAUUUAGCUACGGGAUGUUUAAUGAAAUUGGCAGAAGAAAUGCAAGAGUUAUUUCCGGUUGCUCAUAAAGCAAUCACUAAUGACUUCUACAUGGACGAUUAUCUGGGCGGCGCUAACGAUAUAACGGCCGCCGAAAAAUUGCGCGACGACGUUAUCAAUAUUUUAAACACCGCCGGUUUCAAAUUACGUAAAUGGAUUGCUAAUGAUCAUCGAUUAUUAGAAAAUAUAUCAAACGAGGACAAUGACCCACUGCGCGUUCUAAAUUUAGACGAUAGCACUAUAAAAACAUUAGGUCUGUUUUGGAAUCCGUCUGACGACGUUUAUCAAUAUAAAGUAGACGAUAAUUGCAAAAACAAUACAGAACGAAUUACAAAACGUAUAGUGUUAUCAAUGAUAGCGACUAUAUUCGACCCACUUGGUCUCGUCGGACCCGUUGUCGUCGUCGCCAAAAUAUUUAUGCAAAAAUUAUGGUUAGCACGUAUAAAUUGGGAUGAUCUUGUAAGUACAGAACUAAACGAAGAAUGGCAAAACUAUCAACAAACGUUGCCAGAACUUGAAGAAAUCCACAUUCCAAGAUGGAUAAUUGGUUGUUCUAACGUCUUAGUCACACAAAUACACGGUUUUGCUGACGCGUCGACAAGAGCAUUCGGCGCGUGUUUAUACACGCGGACUACAGACGAAUUGGGCAAUCACUAUUCCAGGCUUAUAGUCGCAAAGUCAAAGGUAGCUCCAUUAAAAGUAGUCUCUUUAGCACGUUUGGAAUUAUGCGCAGCCGUUCUGUUAGCUCGACUAGCUGAUAAAAUAAUACCGCGAUUAAAUAUUACGAUACACGAAAAACGCUUUUGGUCUGAUUCGACCAUAGUGCUAGCAUGGAUAAAUUCGCCUUCAACACGUUGGAAAACAUUUGUAGCACAUCGAGUCGGUGAAAUUCAAACGUUAACAGCUGCAGCAGAGUGGGGAUACGUCAAAUCAAGCGACAAUCCGGCAGAUAUAAUUUCACGCGGUUGCAGCCCAAAGCUAUUAAAAGACAAUACUUUGUGGUGGGAAGGUCCAGUUUGGUUUAAAUCAAAUGAAAAUGAAUGGCCUAAAUCCUCGAUCGACGAAUUAUCGCUGAACACCGAACUUCCGGAGAUAAAGCGUAAACCGGUAGCACUCCACUCGUCCACAAAGGAAGAAUUUUAUUUAUUAAAAAAGUAUUCGAACCUGAGCAAAUUAUUUCGAGUAACAGCGUAUUGUAAGCGUUGGUUCGAACGCGCAAGAAAUAAAAAAGUUAAUUUCACCGAUAUCAAACUCGACGUCACCGAAAUAGCUGCUGCACGAUUAACAAUAAUAAAAUUAGUUCAACAACAUUAUUUUUUCGAAGAGAUAAAACUCAUAAAAUCCAAAAUGUAUAUCAAAACAACGAAAAUUGCAUUACUGCGCCCUUUUUUAGAUGAACAAGAUGUAUUACGCGUUGGCGGUCGCAUUAAUAAAUCAACAACUAUACAUUUCGAUCAGCGAAACCCGAUAUUAUUACCAGCUAAAUCAGAAUUUACAGUAGCAUUAUUUCGUAACGAACACGAACGUCUAUUACAUGCUGGCCCGCAAGCGCUCUUAUCGGCAAUACGAGAAAAAUUCUGGCCGUUAAAUGGUCGUAAUAUAGCGAGGCGUACGGUGCACCAAUGUGUUAUUUGUUUUCGUUCAAAACCAGUUACGUACGAGCCGAUCAUGGGAGAUUUGCCACGCGAUCGUAUUGAACCGGAACGCGCGUUCAAAAUAUGCGGCGUUGAUUUCGCCGGGCCAAUUAUGAUUAAAACCAGUUUAAGGCGAAACGCACCAAUGACAAAGGCAUAUAUUUGCGUAUUUGUCUGUUUUGUGACCAAAGCUAUACACGUCGAGUUGGUCGGCGAUCUAACUACGAACGCCUUUUUGUCCGCUUUACGAAGAUUCUGGUCGCGACGAGGAAUAUGUAAUACAAUUUAUUCCGACAACGGAACCAACUUUGUUGGAGCAAACCGACAACUAAAAGAACUACGUGAUUUAUUUUUAUCAAAGCAGCACAUGGAACUUGUGCACAAAACUGUCACGGAAGUGGGAGUAAAAUGGCAAUUUAUUCCCCCCAGAGCACCACAUUUCGGCGGGCUCUGGGAAGCCGCCGUAAAAUCGGUUAAGUAUCAUUUAAUAAGACAUUUGGGAAAUGCUUUUUUUACUUACGAAGAAUUGAAUACCGUGUUAGUUCGCAUAGAGGCUUGCCUAAACUCACGCCCUUUGACUCCCAUGUCCUCUGAUCCUAGCGAUUUAAAUGUAUUGACACCCGGUCAUUUUUUAAUCGGUGGUUCUCUUACCGACCUACCGGAACCAGAUCUUUUAAACAUUACGCCAAACCUUCUCCGACGUUGGCAACGAACUAUUCAGGUGACUCAGCAAAUAUGGUCGAGGUGGAGCACUGAAUAUUUAAGUCAACUCCAAGGUCGCUCAAAAUGGUGUAAGUCAAAAGGUCCGCCGCUGAAACCAGACACAUUGGUCCUGAUUAAAGAAGACAAUCUACCACCUCUACAGUGGGCAAUUGGUCGAGUCACAGAAGUUUACCCUGGAAAGGAUGGGGUGAUCCGAGUAGCGUUGAUCCGAACCAACAAGGGAGAAGUCAAGCGUGCCGCUCGUUCUUUAUGUCCGUUACCGAUAAAGGACGACAAUUAA